GCAUGCACAUUAUACCAGGUUAAGCACUGGAAUAACACGGUUUAUUCAUGUACUGAGUGAACGAAGUAUUCAGAUUAGAGUCCUGCAUGAACGUUUGAAUUAUUGAAAAUGACAAAGUAGGGGAGACUGGGGCCAGUGCAACAGUUUUGUAAUACACUUAGCUACUCAGGGACUACAUUCACUGAGCAAUUAAAAUGAAACUAAAUUCUGUCCGCUAAUUAACCAAACCAUUUAAAGAUGAUGAAAUAUAAUCUAUACUGUUUAUUAUUAAUGUAGAACUCACUUAUCCAAACCCUGAGCACAGGUGUAACAGGACAGACCAGGGACAGAUACAAUAAUAGAUAAAAUAUAAAAGAACUUCAUUUUCAAUUAAUAAUAAUAAAGUUUAUGUGACAUAACACCUUUAACAGAAUGAGGUCACAAAACCAUAUACCAUUACAUUAAUAACAACAAUAAAAAUCAUAAUGGAUUAACAAAGAAGAAAGAAAACAACCUUUGUAAGAAAAGUGAGUGCAGACGAAGAGAGUUUCAUAUUUUUACAAAUAAAAUAAAUAAAAUACAGGCAGGCUACUUUGAUGUAACACAUCCAGAUAAAUAUUUUGUAUUAUUUAAAUGUGACACAGGAAGGCUUUGACAAUUAGUUAUGGAACAAUCUCUAAUUAAACGUUUAUUUAUUGUCAAAAUUCACUCAUGUUGACCAUAACAACAUGUUGGUUGACAACGAGAUGCUUAACAAUGUGACUUUGAAGUCGACCAAAAAUUAAUUGAACAAAAUAAGUUUUGAUUAUUUAAUGAUAAAAAGUUUAGGACAAUAUAACAAUAAAACGUUUACAUCUCCAAAAUAACUGUUAAAUUUCCUCCGAUAAAUUUAGCUUCAGAGGCUGAGUUAUUCUGAUACUGGACAUACAAAUACAAGUUUCCUCUCUCAUAAGAGUUUUAUUUAGUAGGCCUAUGUGGUUUUUUUAUGCUUCUAAAUUCGGUGCGGUCAUGUGACCUGAAUUGAGUAGCGUGUUAGUGGUUAGUAAUCGGAUGAGGCUCUGUGAUUGGUCGGUCAGACUGACUUAACUUUAUGAGCCUCGGAAACCUAAUGACAACAAAUACGGUGCUGCGUCACUUACUUUAAUCUGCAUCAAACUCAAUACAUACACACACACACACACACACACACACACACACACACACACACACACACACACACACACACACACACACACACACACACACACACACACACAGGGAACAGGAGGGCUUGCCUUCAAAAUAAGAUGAAGAUUUGCUAAAGGACUGCAGCACAAAGCAAAACAAAUAAAUACAAACACUAGGAGAAGGGGAAAAAAAAUGAUUAAUGCGUCAACUCAAAAUUUAAAGCACUACAAGAAUAACAUAUGUCACAUUGAAAUGCAAAGAAACUUGUACCAGCAUAGCAACACGUCCCAAAUAGAUAUACGAAGUUUACAAGACAAAUAGCCAAUUAAGCUUUUUUCAUACAUGCACUUGUGAAAAUUUCUGGAGAAUUUCAGGACAGGCUGCCCCUGAAUUGUCCUGACCUCACAGCAGGAGACGCACCAAGGACAUUGGUGUGUCAGGGCCUUUAGACAGGAGGAGGGAAAUCAGGAGGCAGGAUCUGAAAAUGACAACGCAGAACUGGCAGAGAAAGCAAAAGUGUCUGACACUGAAAUGCCUUUUUAUCAGUGUGUAACUGGACAUCCUCUCAGUAUACAAUAAGGAGUGAGAAAAUAUUGACAAGCAUAAAGAGAGUAUAAAGCUGCUUUUAUAUAUGCACGACAGUCACCGUGUUAUGUAAGUGUAAUCAACCCUCUUACUUCACAGCAAAAUUUGACUAGGAGGUUGGCCGGAAAUUCAGGUAAUGCAGGUAAAAUUGUGGUGAAUCAUUUUUUGUCAUUUGCGUUGAGUUUUGUGCAUGUGAACACACCAACAUUUUUUCCAACAAGAUUUCAUGUGGGGCCCAAAACACCUAUGGGCUAAGUUAGUCCUUUUUUUGGGUGGGGGAUGGUUGCAAAAAUAACUCAAUAAAUUGUCUAAUUGUACCCUUUUGUUUUUUUGUUUAAAGUGUGUCCUUUCCUGUUCUCUUUGCUUGUCAGUAACAUAUGUUUUCAGGCCUUUAUUUUGAAAACCACGUACCGGAAACCCUUCCCAGGUAUAAUUGACUUGACCACAGUUGCUAGGGUACAAACUGCCCCAUGGCAACGGAACCACUCAGAGGAAGAGUUGAGAUUUUAAUAUUUUUUAUUCUUUAAUUGUCACACAAAAAAAAAAAAAAAAUGACGGAUUUCUUUCAGGAAACAGAAGCGUUACCUUGAAUUCAAGAAUGCCAGCCACAAAAGUAAUCAAGCAAUCCCGGGUGGAGGCCUCGAGAAAAACCGUCGAGCGAACUAAACCGGUGAAGGUGAAGGCGGUUAACGGAGCUCAGCUGGAACUCAGAGUGCCCUCGGUGCGUAAAAGCCGCGCGUCAAGCUGCCCCAGGUGUCCGCAGCGGGACAGGUGUGAGGAGGGGAGCACCGGAGUGAUGCGCACGGCCCUCAAACCGGGCUGUGAAAGGAGAUCCAGGUCCAGCUCCACCGCUCACAGAAACAACCCGGACUGUCGGAAGGCGCAGAGGAGUGCCAAUGUGAACCAAAAAUGCCAGAAGAUGGGCGCGUGUCAGAGGGAGCAGCGGGCAGUCAGGGUGGAGGCUAAACAUGCUAUUCAAAGCCACAAAGCUUUCACCGUCAUCCCUCCGAACCCAAAGAAAAGAAGAGAGAUCCAGAGAAAGGCGGAGGCGGAGCUCGCCGCUUUAGAGGAGCUUCGGCUGAGCAGAGCAAUGGCGUAUGUCUCCAUCAACCCCAGUAGUGUUGGCGGCUGUAUGAGUCUGGAGGAAGUACGUUCGAAGCAGCAGCAGGAAAUGAUGAAAGCAAAGAGGAAACAGAAGCCGAUCAGGACACAGGUAUUGGAAGAAAAGCCUGUUCUGGAAAUAUAAGCAUCAUCCCUCCUCGCUGUAUUUAUUUUAUUUUUUUAACAGAAAGCUCACAUGGUUAUUAACUGGAUUAAAAACAUGUCAUAAAAAUAAAAAAAAAAGAAAAGUCUGUACUUAACAUUAUUUGUAUACAAAGCCUGACACUGCUUGUGUAUUUUUUGAUAUUUAAUGAAAACUUUGUAAAGAAUCCUUAGGUAUGUAAUGUGUUUUAUAAUUUGCAAUAUAUUUAUUCAGGACCUAUGUAUCGUGAUACAUUUUGUUUUGUUAGGAUCUUGCUAUUAAACAACCCCAUUUUAAACUAUUGAAAAUAAUAAAAACAACAACAGAAAAGAAAAUCCUUUUGCUUUGCCCACAUGUAUAUACAGUACAGUGAACACUCUUUUGUCCGAUUAAAGGCAUGUCUUGUAAA